UCUGCCUGCCUGCUAUAAUAUCUUAUGCAUUGCGGCCUUGUUGCAUUUUCCUUAUUGUGAUUUGUGGCUACUUAGUACCGUAAAGUUCUUGCUAGGCGCUAGGGUAUUAUAGGUACUAUAUUAAAUAAAUAACGAUAUUAUUAAUAUUAAAUACUGAUUCAUUUUUUUUUUACUGAGUAUCAAGUAUUUAUGUGUAACUAAUGACUUGUAAUAAGUGUAUAAUUUUGAAUUUAAUAGUCCCGUAAUAUUCGCUUUACAAUAUUGAUAUCAAUUUAAACACCAAGUCAUGUCUACUUUUAGCAAAGAUUGGUGGAUCAAGUUUUUCACAGAUGCUGGUAUUCCUUCAUUUGCAUCAUCUAAAUAUGCCACUAUUUUCUAUGAAAAUAGAAUUCAGUCUAAUAUGUUAAUGGAUUUAGACAAAGAUAUUCUUAAGGAAAUGGGUAUAACAGUUAUUGGUGAUAUAAUUGCAAUCCUUAAACAUGCCAAAGAUGUAUAUAGAGAUGGCUUUUAUGAUAGCUAUAGUACUAAUACAAUGGACAGUUUAUUAACUAAAAAAAUUCAAAAUGAAACCAAUGAAAGUUCACCUCAAAAAAAAAAAAUAGUUACCAAUAAAGUAAAAAAAAUAGUUACAAAAAAGGUCAAAGUCUCUAGUGAAAGUGAAGAAGACGAAGAAGCACUAUUGAAAAUAGUGAAAAAAAAGAUUCCUUCACAACUAUCAAAUAAUCCAACUAAAGUUGUCACCAGAAAAGUAGUUCCUAAGCCUAAAACUACAAUAAAAAUUAAACCAGUUAUUAUAGAGAGUGAUGAUGGUUCUCCUCCACCAUCUGAAUUAAAACCUAAGAGCUCAGUUUUUGACCGUUUGGGUGUUGGCGAUGUAAGCAGUACAACUCCUAAUUUUGAUAGUGUUAAUUCAUCCACGGACUCAAGAAAAUCUUCGGUCUUUAAACGUCUUGGAAUCAAGCAAGUCAGUGAACCUAAAACUUCUGCGACAUUUAAACGUACUAUUAAAGGAGUAGCUAGUGAUGCACAUUAUGGACCUAGUAUUCCAACAGAAGAAUCUAGUGCUUUUACAAAAAGAAUAAAACUGGAAGAAACAAGUUUUAAUUCUUCAAAAUCUGUAUUUGAGCGUAUUGGUGCAUCGUGCGAUCGUGAAAAAAGUAGCCCAGGUCUUGUUUCCAAAAGUGCUCUUAUAAGAAAUGCUAACUCAGGCGGAAGACCGAUUUAUGUUAAUCCGAAGGUAUUAAAUGUUAAAAAAUUGAGUCUGUUAAACCAUUCACAUUUUAGAAGUUCAGACUUAGAAUGAUAUAUAAAUUGAAGAUUUAUCUUUAAAACUCUACUAUAUAACUUUGCAUAUAACUUUUUUUGUCAUCAACUUCAACAAAUACACAAUUUUUAAUUUUUAAAAUACCUGAUGUUGGUUUGUUUUAUUUUUAAUCUUAUAAUGAUUUAACAUGUGUAUUAAUUAUUCUCAUUUCUAUUGAAUAAAAUAAGCAUACAAUAACUAGGUAUGUACCUACUAUAUUUUUUUAUUUUUCAAUAAAUUAGCUUAUUUUAUUGAUUAUUUUUGAAAGUGUCUUAAAUAUUUGAAUAAACUACUGUAUUAUUGUAAUAACUACUUAUAAUAUGAAAAUAACUAUGGUAAAUGAUUUGAAGAACUAACAAAUUUAAUUUAAUUUUCCGAUUACAACUUAUUUAAUAUUAUUGUUAAUUUUAAGUUAAAAAAAUUUAAGGUCUGUUUUCACAUUAAAUAACAAUUAAAUGUAUUAAUUUGAAAUAUAAUUUUCAAUGUAUUUUA